ACCCCAAAGUAGAAAAAUCAAAAAUGGCGUUUUGUACAGCUGUGGAUUCGUAUUGCGCAAUUUUUAUGUAAAUGUUCGAAUUAAACCCAAUAAUUAAAAUAAUAAACUUGAAAUAGUUAUUGAGAUGAACUUAUAAUGCUAUUAUUUUAUCAGUUUAGCCGCGAAUAUUGUGCAGUGGUUUUAUAAAUUAAGUUUGUGCCGAACUGUCAUGGACCGUCGUCAAUUUUUUGUGUUGUGGUGAUGUAUUGAAAUAAUAAAUAAUGAAACGAAAAAUAAUACGGCUGUGCUAAUAAUGUAAAUAUGAUGGCUGUGUUAUGGGUGGUUUUAUUUUGGGCCUCAGUUGGCCUACGCGCUGUGUCUGGUCUACCCAUUGGGGAAACACCUCUAGCCUACCCUCAUGAGUCACAUAGUGAAGAAUAUGUUGGCUUGGGCUCUGAGGGUGGUUUGUAUACACUGCCAGCGCUGGCGUUGGUUUUAACAGCUGUUGGUCUCCUAUUUGGAUGUACUUGGUGUUACCAACAUAAGGAUUGCAAAAUAUUCACGGAGAGUGUGACGCAUCUCCACGAUGCACGCAGCCGAUCUCAACCGCCGGACUCUGGUUUCUCAGAACCGGCGAACAACAAUAUCAGUGAGGAUAACAACAAUGGACCGAUAUCCCUCAGAGAGAUGCAGAAUAUCGCCAACAAUAAUGCCGCGGUAUAUAUCGUCAGUGAAAAUGAGGAACGGAAUCGUAUACGGGAGUCCGUUGUCGAGUUUGAACCUUUGCCUCGUAUACGUGUCCUGGAUCCGUUGGAGAGAUGUGCUGAUUGGUUUGCUGGAGAUGAUUUUCCCAGAAGCCGAUUGCAAUACCUUAGAGAAAUUGGUCGCGGAUGGUUUGGCAGAGUAGUAGAAGGUGAAAUAGACGAUGGGCCGUCAUCAGGCACGGUGGCUGUCAAGAUACUAAACCAGAAUGCGAGUCUAGAAGACAAGGCUCGUUUUCUAGAUGAGGGUAGAAUGUAUCGAGAUAUCCAUCACGAAAACGUAUUACCGUUUAUCGCCAAAUGCCUAUCGGAGGACCCUUGGUUGCUUAUGUUCGAGCUGUGCUCUAUGGACCUCCAUCAAUACUUAGAAGUGAACCGACCGAAAAUGGCGAUACUAAACGAAAGUGGGGUGCCUCUACAGCUGAUGUGUGAUGUCACUUCCGGCUUAGCUCAUUUGCACUCCAGGGGAUUUUUAUAUGGUACACUGUGGAGCGGUACAGUACUAAUUCGUAAUGGAGAUACUGCACGUGCUCUUCUUGGCCAGUAUGGAACGAAUGAACCACAGCACGAUUUCUUCGCGCCCGAAGUCUCGAGACAGCCCGCUUCACACACUACGAGUAGUGAAGUGUGGUCCGUGGGCUUCCUCCUCUGGGAGGUGUGUGCUUGGGGGGCCACCCCGCCCCGUUCCCCGCCGCCCCCACACUUGCCCUGCCCCUAUAGGAACCACUUAUACCAAGUAAUGCAGCUCUGUUGGAAUCCGAAUCCUGAAAAUCGUCCAACGGCAUCACAAGUACACGCGUUACUCAAUCAUCUGCACACCACACACUUACACACCGAAACAGACGACCAUUUUGAGGAACGCUGGCAGAGACUCAAACCCAACACUAUCCCAAAAAUAGACGAACACAUAGCCAUAGUCCACGCCCCGUCCACGUCCACAGAUUCACAGUUCGGAUCUGAUCUCGAAUUUGAAAGCGCACAAACCAUACCAGACUCCCUGAGCGUAGGAGAUACUGCAGUAUCCCGAUCUAGCAGCAUCAUGUCUGACAAGGAACCUCUUUCAGUCCAAAUAAAGUCGGAAAGCCUUAACAAUCUACAUGGAUCCUUCGAGGAUGUCCGAAACAUUUAUCUCACGCACAAUGAAGCGGCGGCCCUCGAAUGCCACCAGGGAAACAUCGGUAUGGAAGAGAAGGAGGAUCGCUCCGACAGCUCGGUCGAUCCUUGGCUCAAAGACAUCAUAACCGGAAGCCAAGAUGAUGUGAGCUACUUCAAAGACGUCAGCGAUGUUAUCAAGAAUCUCGAUAAUAUAUUGAACUCCGAGAAAACUUCAAGCUCCGAAUCGAGCCACCAGGCCAGUCCUUCGAGGGACAACCUCAGUCUAGAAUGCAAGAAGGACUAUCCUAUGCAGACGAGCCUCGUCAAAUCUCCUGGAAUACGGAAUUUCCAAAACAUAUCAGAAAUGGGUUUCGAUUCCAAGGAUGAUUCUACCUGCGAUGAUGAUGUCGACCGGGACGCGAUCGGAACUUUGAGUCACUCCUUUGAACGCCACAGCGACACAAAUAGCCAAUAUACACUCGAAAAUAUAACACCCGAAACGCCGAUAAAAGACUUCGUUAGUAAUCUUAAUGAAACCUUUAGCGAACAAAACUUUAGCAUAGUAAACGAAAAUACAACUCUGCCUCGAGAAGAAGAAUUGCCAAACGAUAAGAUAGAAGAUAGUGAUAAAGAAGUACCCAAAUUGAAGGAAUUAUGUGAACCCUUGCCUAGAUUAAGUAAUAAAAUGGAAAUGAUAAAAGACUGCACAUCGAAAGAUAAUAAUGCUUUAGGGACUGAUAUUGUUAAAGAUACUAAGUCAGUAGAAUUAAUACCAAGUGAAGGAAUUGAUAUGAGAGAAACGAUUUGUGAUACUGGAAUAGACCAAACGCAUGAUUUAACAGAAUCUCAAAUUCCAUUUUCUGAGAGUGAGAUUAAUUAUAAAAACAAAGAUCCACUAGUCAAUGAAAUAUCUACUACAUUAUGUGAUAUAGAGCAAUCAGAUGAAAUUGCUAGGGAAGAAAAUAAAGAUUUAAAACACGUUCAUUCUGAAUCGAUAGUCCAAACAGCUAGCCAAACUAUAAAUGAAGUUAAAGGCAUAACUACUAAUAGUGAUAAAGACGUUCACGAAAUAGAGACCAACGUUAAUUUUGCUUUGGAAUCAAGUAAUCUAAAUAGUGUAGUUGGUGAUCACCAAGUGGAACAAAGCUGUAUUACACACACGGAAUUGUUUUUAGCAAAUGAAAUAGAAGCACAAAAUGAUCAAAACUGUGAAAGUGGUAAACAAGGUAAUCUUAGUAAUGUUAUGCGUGACGCAGAAAAGCAAAUCUCGUAUAUAAAUGAAGAUCAAAUGCAAGCGGAAUUGAUUCAAGAGACAUCCAUUACAGAUGUACAUUUAGAUGAAAUCGUUAACGAGCUAGAAUACAAUGAAGAUAACAGUUUUGAUUUGGAGACUGGUUGUGCAUCGUUAGAAAAUGUUAUUAAUUUAGGAAUUAGUCAUGCUACUUUAGAUAAUGAAAAGUCGAAGGAUUUGAACUCUAAGGAAUCUCAUAUAGAAAAUGACUUAGAUAUAGAAACUGAACUAGAAAACGUAGGAAUAUUAGCAGAGCUACCUGAUUUAGUACAAAUAAGUGAAAGGGCAACCGAUAUCAUAAGUAAUACUCAAGAAUCUCAAACGGAAUCUCAGUAUUCACCUGAAAAAGUACAAAACAUAAGCAAGGAAAACAUUUCGUCCGAUUCUCAAGACGAUACCAUCUGUCUGGACCAACUCACAGUUAAAUAUAUAGAUUUGGUCGGAACAAAACCAGACAAUGAAAAUGCGUCAGAUAUGUCCACCGACAGCACUGUCUAUAUGAACUUUUCUGGAAAACCAAACGAAAUCUCGAAAAUGUAUAAAAACGAAACGUUGUCGUUCUUAGAAAACCAAACGGUGUCCGAAGCUGAUAUAGAAAAUAAUGAUUCCACUGUUUAUUUAGAUCUCCCUAGCGUCAUUAGAGAGAUGGACGCCUUCUUGGGUGCAGAAAGGUUAAUUAGUGGUCGUGAUGUAGGGUUUAAAGAUAAUUUUCAUGCUAGUACCCCUGUAGGUAGCAAUAGCUCCGCUGAUAACGUCUUAGAUUCUAAAGAGCGUGACACUGUAGUGAAUCCAAAUAAAGUACCAGACUAUUCUGCAAUGGCCUUGGAGAAACUAGAACAGAAAGGUCCAGUAGACACCAGUCCCUUUGAAUCGCCGACGAAAAGUCACCCUACGGAUACAUACGACGAGAACAGCUCAGUCGUCUUAGGACCCUUCGAAAGCUAUACCCAAGACACGUUCAAAAGUAAAAUUGGGACGGAUCUAGUAGAUUUACCUAAAGAAGAACUCUUAGCUUUUUCGUCGAACUUUAGCGAAAUAAAUCUAGAAACGCCAUCACCGUUACGCGAUGGGAACUUUUUAAACGAAGUGCCGGAUUUAAUUCACGAUGACUUCGACGACAGUACGAGUCAGCCAAAACCAGUAGUUUUAUCGGAUCACCACACUGAUACGGACGAAACUGAGGAACAAUCGACAACAGAGAAGAGAAUAUCUCCAUUGACUCCACCCAAUUCGCCUGGAAACUUUCUAGCGUCUACGUCUCAGGUGUACGUAGUGGAUAUCGACCUAGACAACGAACCCGUACAGCACAUUGAUAUUAACGAAAUUGACGUUUCUCAGUUGGCAAUAGCAGAAAACGAAAAUAAUAUGAACUUAGAAUAUUCCGGACCGUUAGUGGAAGAGAGCUUGAACGAUUCGAUAACAAGGUUCAAUGAUACGUUGCCGGAAUCUUUUUUGGCGGGAAAUGGCGGAGUUGAAGAAACGGAGAAUGUGGGGAUAGAUGAAGAACGAAUGAAGGAGCUUAGGAAUGAAUUAGAAUUGAAACUGCCAUUGGCCCAGGUGGCAGGUAUUGAACCCGCUAGUUCGUGGACUGAAUUGCCUCCUCCGCCUGAGUUGUUAGUGACGUAUGGAGCUCUCAGUCCAAUUGCUGAAGAAACGGGACACCAGCUCAUCGCUUAUGAAAAUGAUGAUAAUUGGAACACCUCAGUACGCACAGAAUCGUCUGAAAGUUAUCCAGAACCAGCCAACAAUUCCACAGACGAAGUGACAGAAUUACCAACGGGACUGGCCAGUGCCACUCAGCAAUCACAACAUUCGACAUACACCAUACACUCUAAUGGCACAUACACUUUGCAACGAGAUGUCAGCAAGGAAAUCACCAUGAGCGCCGACAGUUUAAACGGAAGUCCGUUAAAGAAAGUUCCCGAAGAAACGGCAUCUCCGGACGCCGACAAGACCUACACUAUAUGCGACGCGGAAAAAGAAUCAAACUGUGAAAGAAUAUCUCAAGUGUCCCCGUUUCUUCUCAGUCCGACGACUGAGACGUCCGCUCCCUCAGAUCUGCACGCAGCCGUGUCCACUCUGUCCAAGGCGACAGUCCCCACAGACGCCAAAUCAUCAAAACCAUCCGAAACCCAGUGCUUGUCGAAGGCGACAAGCAUCGACUCGUGGUGUUCGAACGACACACUUUAUAACGUCGAGGAGAACUUCGACGACUUGGCUAUGGAUCCCGAUCUGCCUCUCGAUUUUGCGGAACCGGAUAGAGAUAAGAGCGAAAGCGAGGAUACUCUCACUCACAACGAAGACGAUAAAGAGCUCAGCCACUGCUCCACUUACAUCGUCCACGAUAGCAAGUCUGAACUCUGCGAGACGUUCUCUCCGGAUUCCAUCACCGCUAACGAUAAUUACACUUAUACCAAAGUGAAGACGACGCCAUCCGCUAACACCAAAUCGGAUCUCAACGAUUCGACGAAAAAUACUCAAACUAAAGAUUUAGCUUACGGCACGCUUGGAUCCGGAAUGCCUUCGUUUUCGAACUGCACCACCGAACUCGCUUCUGCCUUCGACGAUACGUGGAAGUUACCGCAGCCGGAAUUAGUUAGGAGAUCACCGAUGAGCGAUGUAAUAAACGUCACUCCACUGACUAAAGCUGAGGAUAAAAUUUACGCGUUUGAUUCACCGGAUGUAGUCACUAUACCGAAACUCAAUAAAAUGGAUAGUGUAGAAAUAACUUUCGAGGAUCAUGAUAAAGAUGUAAUUUAUCCUGUACUUAACGAUUGUUCCAAUAUUAAUUUCAAAGAUGUCAUAAAUGCCAUGACUAGCACUCCGGUGACCGAUGCGGAUGAUAAUAUGGGAGAAGUGGUUCCGUGUACCUUAACGAAGUUAAACGAUGAAGACGCUGAAAUAAGUGCUAUAACUUCAUCUUUUUUAAAUGAAGUUUCGCCUAAUAACAUCAAAGAGACAGGCGUGAAUCAUAUGGGCGAUCCGUUUUUGAUGACCACUCGAAUAAGCGAUGAUAAAAGUGGAAUAAGUGAUAGUGUAUCUAAUUUUGAAGAUUCUAUACUUUCAGCAGUGCAGCAAGAAAUGUCCAACAAUACAGAAGUGGUCGCAUAUUUAGAUACGUCUAAAAUAAACUAUAAUAAUUCUGAGGUCCCCGAAACGAGUGAAGUUAGUUCGAAAAAUUUUAAUUUAUUUCAGCAAUCAGCUGAAAUUAGACCACAAAAUUCAAAUAGUGAUAACAAUGCAAUUAGUCCCAAAGAAGAAAUUUUGAAUUAUUACACUAACGAUGACAGUUCAAAAAACACUGAUUCUUUUAUUAUGUCGGUGGAAAUGCGGCCGCAAGAUAUAUCGAACGCUCACAAAAAAGCCAACAAGGAAAAAAAUAAUAUAGUCAACGCUGUGGACGAUGAUAUUAGUUUAAAAUCAUUUCAAUCAUUCCUAGAUUCAGCCGAAACGAAGCCACAAGAGAGAUCGUAUAGUAAAAGCAAAGAUCAGCAAGUAACGUCAAGCUAUUCUGUCCCGUUAAAAGACUCAGAAACAAAAGCAGAUAAUUCUGAAUCAAGCCUUAGUCUGAUAAACUUUCAAUCAUUCAUCCAAUCUGCGGAAAUAAGACCACAAGAUAUCUCUAAAACUAGUAGCGAACGUGUAAGCUCUAACGGUGAAAAUUCUGAUAGAGACAAUCAUCUUAGUCAGAACACCAACGAUAGUUUGCCUGUAUCUAAGAAAACUAUCUCUUAUUCUGAUUUUGAAAAUUCUGCAUCUUCAAAACCACAGGAUAUGCAAUCUUUGGAUACGUCUCGAAGCUAUGAAAGCGGCGUUGGGUCAGAGGGGUUUCAGAACUUCGAGGCAUUCGCUAGAAAUCGCCCACAAGACUUACUAUCCCUAAUCGAUGCUAGUUCAAUGCUACUCAGCAGUGAGAGGACGACGAGUGAACACGCGAUAAAUAGCUUUUUGAAUAGAGACAUUACACCUUCAACGAGUAAACUUUGCCAAGAACAGUCAGUCAUUAUAAAUCCUUCGUUUGCAAGUUUUAGGGAUUCGCCUGACCGAGAUAAUCACGAUGGUUUUGUGACUUUGGAUUUAGAUGAAAAUGAACAGCCGCAUUCAAUUAUAAUCACUGAAAGCCCGGUUUUAUCUAAGAUCAAUAAAGAUGAGGCUUUAGAUUCACUCGGAGAAGAUUUAAGUGGAUCUAAAGCAGAUGAAGACAUCGAGAAUGUGAAUUUAUCAAACAACAUUCUGGAGAAAAGUUUUAUGAAAGACGCUGAAGAGGAACCAAGUGAGGCAGCCAAAUGUAACGGAAGCAACCAAGUAUUCGCAACCGUAAAUUUUAUAAGCGAAACUUUUGAAGAACUUUUAGAGAGUAAUGUCGAUGACAACGAAGCACAUGAACCGAAAGGCACCAAAAAUGAAACAAGACAUGUUUCAGAAUCCAAAAGUCCAACGAAAGAUGUCUCGGAUCAGAUGAAAAUCCAAAAAGAAAGCGAAGAAAAAGUAGCAGAUGUCACUCAGGAUUUUUUGCAAAAUGAAAAGAAUUUUUGUCAGCUUGAUGCGUACUUUCCACUCCUCAGUGAUAUAAGAUUCACAGGCCCAGGAACAGAAAUAAUGAGUACCUCUUUCACACAAGAAUCACCAACUGAACCAACAUCCCCCGAGUGCGAGCGAGACAGCACUACGGACAAAGACAAGCCCUCCGAGCUAUUGAAAGAGUGGGAUAGCGAUACAGACUCACAUUCUACUAAUUCGUCUAGUGGGGAAUUUAUAUGGAAGGACGGAGACGGACACGAGACAGCCCUUGUGCCGAACACGCAUUUCCAACACCAACGCGAUAACAGUCAGCCAAGCCGAGCUGAGGCAGAAUCUACUCAUGAGGCGUCGUCUGUUGGAUCUGGAGAUUCCGGUUCAGGGUCGGAAGGUGAUGAGGUGGAAUUUGUGCCGUCUUCGUGGGACUGCCGCGCGGCGCCAGCUAAAUCUUCGCUUAGAAGUCUAGAGCAACCAGCGGAUGGUAAAAAACGCGUAGUGUUCAAGCGUCAAAAGUACCAUUGCGUAUACGAGUACCCGCGCGAAGCGAGCGAUCUGGACGUUGAUUCACCCGCGCACUAUUUACCCGAUCUCUCCACUUAUUGCGAAUGGGAUCCACGUAGCGCAGAAGAAGCGGAAGUUGGUUACGGACAGCUGUAUGGAGGGCCGAGUCCCUUUGACAUGUAUCCUCUUAGAGCUGGAAUCGCCUUUGGAGCUGACUACGACGAAGACUUCUACAUAACUUCAACAGCGCGGCCUUUUGAAUUAGGGGUACUAUCCACAACGAGCCAAUUCUUUCCCGGGAUGCAUCUCAAGCAAUCCUUACUACCCGAAAACGACUUUCCCCCUCCGUCGCCCUUGCCCCCCCUCGAUCCCCCCCUCACUAUCCCCAAAACAUCUUUAGACCUAACGACCCCAGAUUCAGGCGUAGACAUCACCCCCACAAUUGAAGAAGAUUUAAAUGAAUGGAAGCCAGACAGUACGAGUUCCAGUGAAUCGGUCAGCCCGAGUUCUCCGGGGGGAGAACUGGGUGGGCUGAGACAUACAAGGGAUAAGCUGAAGCUGGAUUUACCCCCCAGCCCCCAUCUCCCCUCGCCGAAGCACAACAGGGUGUUUAAUUUUGUACUUGAAAAGCCGAAACGUCCGGAACCCGUUACUCCGUUAGUGAUGACGGACGAAACCCCCAUCAUGAUGUCUCUCCCGUUAAUCAAACGCGAUGAUCCAAUGCCGGAACCAACUUUCUCGACAUUCGGAAAGUCAACUUGCAAAUCCACAGCCGACCCCAAAAACAUUGUCUUAACCGACAACGAAAACGUGGAAACGGAACCCGAGACAACGGAUAAUCCGGAUAUGAAAAUAGAGGAAAAACCGGAAAAAGUUGAGCCUGUUAAAGGGGAGGGAACGGUUUUGGAUAGCGGCGAUGAAGAUUCCGGUAUUGAGAGCAGUUCCAAGGCAACGUUGGAACGAAAACCGACUUCGAAUAUCUCAUAAAAGCUAUGAUAAAAAGUUAUGUCUUAAUAGUGGUUAUUUAUAAAUGUACUAUAAACGUCAAUUAGUUAAAAGUUGUCUUGAGAAACAAAGACAUCAGAUUAGAUAGAUUCAGUUGCUAUUUGAGGCUUAUAGUAUGUUUAUAAAAUUAAGCGCUUAUAAAAGACAUGACCGGAUGUGUCAUUAAAGUAAUUAAAUAUAAAAAGCAUUUCUUGCUUUCUUACCUAAUAAAAUAAGGUAAAGUUUUAAAAAUCUCAUGUCUAGGUAAUACUUUCCGGCUAGAAUCAAAAAUUAGGAAGUGAAAUAAAACAUUAAGAAUAUGAAAGUGCAGAUAUCUAGAAUUGUUUACAUCAUAUGUUUUUAUCAGUAAUUGCGAUAAAUCAGAAAAUUUACAGUCAAUUAGCCAAUUCAAAAGUAGCGUAUACUGAAGAUGAACAUAUCUCUAAACAACGCCCAGUGAACAGAACAAUGGUACAAAAUCCGUGAAUUCAAUUGUAGAUAUAGUUUAAUGCUUUAUAGCCUAUACUACGGCCUAUAAUCCGUUCAACGUUAAUCACAACGCCUGUACGUAACGUAUACGAUAACGUACAAACUUUUCCUUCAUAAAAAACGCAACUAAUAUCUCUCGGUCUCUUUCUGUCAAUAGUGUUUACGCUGUGAUAGAAAGAGACAAUUAGUGUUUUAACAGUAAAUCUGAUUUGAUUUUUAAGAAGCUUAGUCUAUAUACUUUAUUUUCAAAUUUUUUUAAUUCUUCUUUCCUUUUUAAAACUAAAUAAAAUAUUUGAGAGAAUCUUAAAUUUGGCUUUUGAGUCAAAGGCGUUGUGAUUGAACGGAGCCAAAUUUUAUACUCCGUCAGACUACUUGCUAGAUACGUAAUAUAGUUUAGUUAGUGGACGAUAAAUUUUGCCAAAUGCGCGUUUAUAUCGCACAAUCUUCCAUCGGUUUCGGGUGUUGUGAAGGUGCGAUCCGAAUUUCUCAUUGUCUCAUAGAUCUAGUGAUUUUUAAAUACAAUACUCUCACGGCCAUAACCGCACAAGUAAAUCGCACAGUCAAAUGAAUCUCAUAGUGUUAGGAUCGGAAAGCGCGCUCUCAACUUCUGAUGAAAGGCCAAUUGUUAGAUAAGUAUAUUUAAAUAGUGUGAAAGGCGUACGAAGCGAUCGGUGGCUGAAAUCUAUUGCCAUACAAAAUUUCUCAUUUUAAUACUCGAUUUUUUUUCACUGGCAAUACGACGUCACCGCGUGUGCAUGUGUGUGUACGCACUCGAUACGUCCAUUUGAACCUCUCGUGCAAUCCUUCAUUUUCAUAUCGACGCGAUUUAAUUUUUUGUAAAUAUUAUUUUAAAUGAUUUUUAAGUAUUGAAAUUUUAUUCUACGCGGUUAUUCUUUUUACGAUAUUUCGUUAAUGUACAGAUGUAAAUAAGUAUAGAUGUUCAUUUUGUUGUAAUUGCAAGUAGGAAUAAUUAGUUUUGAAAUUAGAGCCUAGAGUUCUAGAAUUCGUGUUUUGAGACUUAGUUUUGGAAAUUUGAAUUUUCAACUACUGCUAAGCUGAUAUUCAAGAAGUUUAAGUAGAUACCUUAAGUAUGCAGCUAACGCAUUAGACAUGUUUUUGACAUACCGGAGUCAUACUUAGCGCUGUCACGAAAUUUGUAUUCUUCGUCACUUACAUGACACACUGAGAUUUGCCGAUUAAUAAAACCGAGUCUCAAAAUAAGAGUUCUAGCAUUUGACGUAGCGUAAGUUAAGAUCUGUGUAUUUAGAUUUUUUAAAUAGUUCUUUAUACGAUUAGAAAUUUCAGCUAAUUGUUGUAGAUCACGUUUACAUUAAUGUUUUUAUUUGAAUGAUUUGUCAAAAAUUACGAUAUUUAUUGGUUGAACGUUGUUAUUUUUAAAAUGAAUGGAAGUGAAUAUGAACGCAUUCGAUGUCUUUUCAUAUUGUGACAUGUCGAGUCUUAUAGUAUUUAUAUGGAAAAUAAAGUAAUAAUGAUAUA